AACGCUUCAAGUAAAUAAAUAAAAUCUUUCUUUUAAGAAAUACAGUUGUUCCGUAGAAAAACCACGUGGUAAGAAAAUGGAAAAUUCCUUGCAUUCAGUGAUCUAAAGCAGCUUCACAAAGAAAAUCCUUGCUGGUGUUCUCCUUGUUUCCGGAGCUCAGAAAGCAGGCGCCUUCCGUCCUGCUGCCCAGGUAUACAGACCUCACUAGCUAAUAUCACAAGAGUGGGCUGCGGUUAUUGUUUCAGGAGAAUAUGAUAAUGAGUCUUCAGUAUGCACCAGGAUGGGAGGAUUUAAAAAAAAAUAACAUGAUUUUAUCUUUUGCUUAAAAACAUUAUGGUUAGUAUUUUUAAAGAGGGGAGAGAUUACCAUUAAACAGGAGGAAUUUUAUUUUAUUUUUUUCAGCUUCAUAUGUGUUUCCUGCAUUUCUUCCCAGUCUAAAAAGUCAGGUCUUUAUGCCUUGGACAUGGAACUCUUAAAUGAGAAUAAAAUAUUUAAAUUGAAAAUAGGCCUAGCUUUCCUUAAAACACCACUUUUGGCAUAGAAUAAAAACUUAACAGCAAUACAUGUAAAGAUAAAACACUGAGGUAAAAUAUGCACUUGUUCAGUUUCUCUGCCUGCCUCUUUGAGCAUCUCGGCUGUGGAGCCUUGCCCAGUGUUCAUUGUCCUCGCGUUAUUCAGCCCUUGUGUUCCAUAGCGAGGGCGAUUGAUGAGGAUACGUGCAUUGUGUUAUGUCUGAUCACAGCUUGACUAGCACAGUCUGGAAGUGGGCUGUGCGGGAUGAGAGGGAGCAGCCUAAUUGCUCUCCCCGCAUCAGCAGCAGCAUCUAUAAAAGCAUCCUGGGAAUUGCUCGCCCGACGUCCAGAGCAGCUGGUCACAUGAGCCUGGAUUUUCAGUUCAGUUCAUUAGUCAGCCAUUUUGGUCAACACCCUGCUCACUGCGCAGAGCCAGCCCUAUCAGAACUCAGCAUCCCAGCUCGGCUGAGCAGACCCUGCAAGCCAUCUCUGCAAUUCAGGAUUCUUCUUCUUCUUUUUUUUAAAUCUACAUCGGAAAUACAAGUUUUAGUUUUUUGUUCAGCUUUUCUUUUUAUUUUUUCCUGCACAGAGAAAGAGGAUUUUUUUUUCCCACUUCUUCAUGCUAAGGCCAGUUUUUAGAGCCAGCUAGGGCGGCAUCAGCUGUGCCGGAUUUCAAGGCUGUUGCUCGGCUGCGGAGAAGGGGCAGGGCGGGGAGCUCAGAGGAGAAGCAGCAUCGUCUAAUUUCACGAUGUGGUAGGAACUGUCUCCAAGAGAGUGCAGAAUUGGCUUGAGCAGUUGGUUCCUAAACGGUGGGGGAUUUUUCCUGGUUUGUUUAUUGCUUUUUUUUUUUUUAACCUCCCCUUGCCCCUGUUCCUAAAAGCCUUGUUUUGAGAGCUUUGGGUUGGGGGUUUUUGAUAAGGAGGUCUUCUUUAUUUUUGUGGUGUGUGUGUGCGCGUGAGUGUGUUGUGGUCCCAGCUGAGUCAUCAUGUCUGCCCUGACGCCUCCGACCGACAUGCCAACCCCCACCACUGACAAGAUCACACAGGCUGCCAUGGAGACCAUCUACCUUUGCAAAUUCCGAGUGUCUAUGGAUGGAGAAUGGCUCUGUCUGCGAGAGCUGGAUGACAUCUCACUCACACCUGACCCAGAGCCUACCCAUGAAGAUCCUAAUUAUCUCAUGGCUAACGAACGCAUGAACCUGAUGAACAUGGCCAAGCUGAGCAUCAAGGGCUUGAUCGAAUCAGCUCUGAACCUAGGGAGGACUCUGGACUCUGACUAUGCACCCCUUCAGCAGUUCUUCGUGGUGAUGGAGCACUGUCUGAAACAUGGCUUAAAAGCUAAAAAAACUUUCCUUGGACAAAAUAAGUCCUUCUGGGGACCUCUGGAACUGGUAGAAAAGCUUGUCCCGGAAGCUGCAGAGAUAACAGCAAGUGUAAAAGAUCUCCCUGGGCUAAAGACUCCAGUAGGCAGAGGAAGAGCCUGGCUUCGUUUGGCAUUAAUGCAAAAGAAACUUUCAGAGUAUAUGAAAGCGUUGAUCAAUAAGAAGGAGCUUCUCAGUGAAUUCUAUGAACCCAAUGCCCUCAUGAUGGAAGAGGAAGGAGCCAUAAUUGCGGGUUUGUUGGUGGGUCUGAAUGUCAUUGAUGCCAACUUCUGCAUGAAAGGAGAAGACCUGGACUCACAGGUUGGCGUUAUAGAUUUUUCCAUGUACCUCAAGGAUGGGAGCAGCAGUAAAGGCAGUGAAGGAGAUGGCCAGAUUACUGCAAUUCUAGACCAGAAGAACUAUGUAGAAGAACUCAACAGACAUUUAAACGCUACUGUAAACAACCUUCAGGCAAAAGUUGAUGCCUUAGAAAAAUCCAACACUAAGCUGACAGAGGAGCUCGCAGUUGCAAACAACAGGAUUAUUACUUUACAAGAAGAAAUGGAACGAGUCAAAGAGGAAAGCUCCUACAUACUGGAAUCCAAUCGGAAGGGUCCUAAACAAGACAGAACUUCAGAAGGGCAAGCACUAAGUGAAGCCAGAAAGCAUUUGAAGGAGGAGACACAGUUACGACUGGAUGUGGAAAAAGAACUGGAGCUGCAGAUCAGCAUGAGGCAGGAGAUGGAGCUGGCCAUGAAAAUGCUGGAGAAGGAUGUGUGCGAGAAGCAGGACGCCCUGGUGUCCCUGCGGCAGCAACUGGACGACCUCAGGGCCCUCAAGCACGAACUUGCCUUCAAGCUACAGAGUUCAGACUUAGGGGUAAAACAGAAAAGUGAAUUAAACAGUCGCUUAGAAGAGAAGACUAAUCAGAUGGCAGCCACCAUCAAACAACUCGAACAAAGAUUGCGCCAGGCUGAGCGAGGCCGCCAGUCGGCAGAGUUGGACAACCGGCUCUUCAAACAGGACUUCGGAGACAAGAUCAACACUCUGCAGCUGCAAGUGGAGGCGCUCACCAGGCAGCGGAACCAGCUCGAGUCAGAACUAAAACAGGAAAGAGAAAGACGACUACAAAGCAGCAGGAACACCCAGGGAGGGGCUUCCCAGAAACUGGACCCCAAAAUGGAUGGAAAGCAUAGAAUCCAACAGGAAAAUGUUGAACUAAAAAAGCCUGCGGAAGAAAGCCACAGGCCGCAGUCGCACCCUCCAAGUGAACAGGAUCAGCAGCUGCUCUCCGAAAAGCCUGGGCUGUGUCAGCUGUGCCAGGCGGAUGGCGGCCUCACACAGAACGUGUGCAAGAACUGCAGAGGGACUUUCUGUCAUGCCUGUUCAAGUAAGGAACUGCCUCUCCCCUCGAGUAUCAAGCCUGAGCGAGUUUGCAAUUCCUGUCACAAGCUGCUGCUGAAGCAAUAUUCCACCAGCCCAUCUUAAGACUGGAAGCCACGACCUGGACCAAAACAUCCAUGCAGGGCCACUCUGCCUAGGCUAGGCGUCAGGCUCUCCGGCAGCUUAGUCCAUAGGAUCAACCAGAGCUGACAGCAUGAUGGAAAGAAUCCAGACCCAGGAGAGAAGGCAGCAGCCACUGGAGGUGCUCGGGAUGUCCCCACAGCUGGAUAAAUAAACGUGACUCAGUUGAGCCUCUCUCUUCUAAAUCUUAACAACCCCACUUUGGUAGCACAUUUGGGGAGGGAUAUUUAUUUUAUGUUUUGAAUAGUGAGGGGGUGGGGAGAAUAACAGAGAAAGUCCAAGAAGAUCAUGAUAAAAGGAAGAUUAUCAUCUCCCUCUAUUAUACCUGCAGACCAAGGAGGGCAGGCAAAUGCCAGUUAACAUCUAGAUGACAGACGACACCUGCUGUCUCAGGUGCUGCUAGGUGAAAGCCUUGUUUUCCUCUUUACCCCCACUAACUACCUCUUUAUCUAUCAAACUGUGAAACCAAUCUCAGGGAAGAGAAAGUUAAUAUAAAUUCUGAAUGUAAUAAAAGCAAUAGAUUAGGA